ACAGCUUGAAUGGGCUCGCCCGUAGUACUGAGAACAGAAGAGGUGAAUUUAAACACAGAGCGGGUCCGGUUCAUGUGUACAGAUUGUAUUUUACUGAUUUUUGUAUUUUAUUGAUGUUUGUGCAAAUUUCUUUUUUGCCGGCUCCUGUAAUAUUUUGAUGUGACCUCUCUCAGCACUGCUGAUUCACGGCUCUGGACAUGUCUCAGGCGACCCUGCUGGAGGAGGUGCUACACUGGACUCCGGAGACAUGUCGACAACAACUGAAAGUGGUCCUGCCCAAACUGGUCUCCAUUCAUUGUAACACUGAUAGCUGGAACGAACACAUCAAUGUUCUGCAGAUUAUUGUUGACAUGUUUCUACCUCAUCUGCCUCUGCCAGAACUUGAGGAAGAAUGUUUCUCUAAAAUAUUUCCUAAGGUGGAGGUGAUGUUUACUGGCCUUUUGGAAGAGAUUGCCAAGCAGAUUGGAGACCUGUCUAGCCAGAACACAGAGCUACACGCUUUCCUCAGGAAUAUUUUGCAGAUGAUGGUGAAGACAUUGGAAGCUCUGUCUGCUUGUGUGCGUCACGUGUGCACUCUUGAUGAGGCGACCUCCCUGGACUCCAUUCGCUCUUUGCCCUCUUGUGUCCUCCACAUCUUAAAGGACACUUUCCAGCACUGCAAGGAUAGUGAGGUUGUGUACGGCGGCAGACUGUCACUUGUGGGAGAUCUGCUCCAGAGUCUGUUCAGAGAAGCCUACUCCCUCCAGAAGUACCUGAUGGAGCUGCUGGAGAAGAUCAGCCUGGAGAACAGUGCCUCUGAAGAAGAAAUAUCUGAUCUCGUUACAGUGAUCCACAGUUUGCUGGACAUAUGCUCAGUUAUAUCCAAUCUGGAUAUUGCCCUGCAUGCUAACACAUGGAAAUUCAUCAUCAAGCAAAGUGUGAAGUACCAGACUCUGGUGGAGGAGCGUUUGCGACAUGGUGACCUCGUUACUUUUUUGUGUGAGGACCUGCUGGCUUCAGUAAGGAACUCUCUGGAGAUGGCUGAGCAGAUGCAGCAGUCAGAUCUAAAGGAAAUAGUGCAGUGUCCUGGAUACAAGGCCUUCCAAAAAACCACAAAGAUGUGCAGGUUUUUUGCCAACACAUUGGUCCAUUACAUAAAGGAAUUCAAUCCAUUUCUGUCAAAGUUCUGUAGUCAUUUUCACCGGCUGUAUCUUCAAGUUCUCAGUAAAUUUCCUCCUUGUGCCUCAGCCCUGUCUGUGCCUGUUGGCGUGGCUGAAGAGCUGAGCCAUGUUGUUUUGAUUCCUAUGGAUGCUAUGUUGACACAGCUUUUACCCAUGAGGCCGUUUGCCGAGUGUGUUCUGACCCCGGACCAGAAGUCCAGUUCGGAGCUGGUUCUGCCACAGUGUCUCCUGCUGGUGAACGUGUUGGGGAAGCUCUGCACUCAGACAGAUGAGACUUUGUGUCUCUGGUAUGAUGGCAGUCAGUUCUCAGAGGAAACAAACAGGCUGUCCAUAUUUGAAGUGGUUUUUCUGAAUUUUCGUCAGUGCCUGGUAGAGAGGACUGUUCCUGUACGGUUACCUGGGGUGAUGAUCCAUGGCCAAGCUCAGGGCACAGUGAGCCUGCACCAUCAUGUGUGUGUGCAUCUGUGUGGCUGUGUGGCAGCUCUACCUGCGCGACACUUCCCCAAGCUGGAGCGGUCAUUGUUAGGUGCUGUGCUACAGUCAGACACCCAGACAGCCCUAUUAGCCACUGACGUCUGGUGCUUCCUGGCACGAUACAGUACAGCUGAGUUGUGUUUGCAUCACGUUCUCCUUACAGCUCACCUGAUAAGGUCAUGCCCAUGUGAGAACUAUCAGCUGACUCAUUUGGGUUUGCUGCUAAGGCGCCUUCUCUUUCUUAUGACUCCAAACCACCAGUUGGAGUUUGUUGAACGAUUCUUGCCAUCUAAGGAUGAGAACUUGUGUGUGUGGAGUCCAGUUUUGCUCAGCAGUCUGUGCUUGGAUGUGAGUGCUCGUGUGCAGAGGGAAGUAUUGAGCAGUGCUAAAGCUUCUGUUGAUGCUUGGCACGCUGCAGGCUACAGGCUGGGGAACAUACCCACAUUGAACAAAGCACUGAGCUGUUUAUUGUUGAUGGUUCGAGGAGAGCCCCAGCAGGUCGAGGGUAUGACCGCUUCACUAGACAUUGUUCAUCGGCUGUGGAAUUGCAUGGAUGCUGCCCAGGUUCAGACCCAUCCCUCUCUUCAGUGUACCUUGAGGCUGCUUCUGUCCAUUUCAGCCAAGUUGAUUAAAAGUAUAGACCCACAGGCUAUAGUUCAGGCCUUUUCCUGUCUCAUUGGCCUGAACCUGCAGAACUGCAGUGAUGACCUGGUGCUAGCUGCUUUGGAGUAUUUGGCCUCCAUGGGGAAAAUAUUUGUUCCUUCUGAUAUUCAGUUUCAGGUGCUGCCCCGCCUCAGCUGUCUGUUCAGCGCUCUACUGAUUCAUGAGUCUUGGUUGCUCUGUCAGCACACACUGGAAGCCUUUGCCACUUUUGCUGAGGCCACCAGUCAUGAAGAGAUCAUCUCUCAAAGUCUGAGCACAGAGGAGACCAAGAACAAAGUGGUGAACUUCCUCAGUAAAGUCAUCACAUCCCAGCAGGCUGCAGGGACCAGCAUGGAGAGACUGAGGACUGAGGCACAUGUCAUUGAAAGACACAAUGAGAGACUGGAGAAAAGGGAAAAGACACCUGCAGAAACACCUGUUGCUGAGCCAUGUGCCAAGCGUCCACGCCAGGAGACCUGUAAAGAAGAGGAGUAUGAGCGCUACCUCCAGGCAGCAGAAAGUGCUCUGAGAGCACUGUGGGGUACUUGGGGUACAGCUGAAUUGCCUCCACUGUGGGUCACAUCACGACUGCAAGCCUUACAAACACUGGUGACACAAAUGAUCAGUAACAAGCCCCAUGCACCCUGAUAAAACAGUGCAGCACAGCAGGCCAUCCUGUUUCUCACAGUCCCAACUGUUUUUGCUGAAUUUGUUCCGCUGUAAUGAAAACAAGGUAAUUUCAGCCAAGAGCACUUUUUUUUUUUUUUUACUAUGAACUUCUGUAUAAUCUUUGUAUAUUAUUUGUUCAUUAAAUGUAUUUCACUUGA